AUGUCCCCUCUGGACCCCGAUACUCUUCCUACGCCUUCAUCAUCAUCACGACCAAAAGGAACGCCUUCGAUUACCCCUAGGAGAUUUAAUCGGUUCUGGCAGCCCAGGCAGGUCCAGACUCAGCCAUUGCCAAAGUUUAGGACUGCUCUUGGUAGCUUGGUUGAGGCCGACAUCAAUCAGCAACCCAUCUCGCCUCAAUCGCUUUUUAGUGAUGAUAUUCUGCCAUCGUCUCCUACUGAAAGGUUUCAAGAUGACUCGCGGAAGAGGAAGCUUCAGCCCGACGCUUCGGAGACGGAAGGUGAUCUCAAGAGGCCAACUUUGAACCUCGACAAUAUGCCACCACUUCGAUUGACUCGCUCAAGCUCUUCGAACUUGAGUGUUAAUAAUGUUUUAAAGGCAUCGGAUAGUUUCAGCAGUCAAGCUAGUCUGGAGAGCCUUGAUAGCUGUAGAAGAGCUACUCUGGUAAGCCCCAAUAGCAAUCCGACUGUUGCCGAACCUCUACUCACAGCCCAACAGAGCAGUUUCUUCAAGACCAGCCGUGGAGUUGCUAAAACCCCUAAGAAGGGAAACAUGGUCAAAACUACUAACAUUGUUCUUGAAGAACCUCAGCCUGAUGAUGAGCUAGUCAACUACACACCCAGGCCCAUCAGAAAAUUCGCCAACCGAGGCUUCGACUCUCAAUUGCUAAAUCGUGAACAUGGAUUCGGAUAUUCAAGCGGUCAAUCCCUUCUUCACACGCCUGCAUCCGACCCCCGAGCCGAAACAGCACGGUUUCACAGCCGUUGCAUCGAUUCGUACGAGUGUCUCGCUCCUAGCGGUAGUCGCACCAUUCCCUUCUGUCUCGCAAGCACUCACAAUUUCCCUGUGACGGCCGUCGGUGAUGAAGAAGGUUGCGUUAGGUUCUUCGACACUUCUGCAAACGAUGAUCCAAACGAGGAGAAAGAUCUGGGCGUCCAUGCCGUCCACGACAAUGCCAUCUGGGAUAUGGACUUUUCCAGUGACGACAUGCGUCUUGCAACCACGGCUGGUGAUGCAGCUUUGGUAAUGGAUGUGACGACCAAGACCGUGGCAGCCAGACUCUCUGAAGGUCACUACAGUUCAACUCGACAAGUUGCUUGGCAGAAGGGCCAGUCCAUCGGCAAUGUGUUAACCACCUCAGACAAGACUGGCCGUAUCCGUUUGUGGGAUUUGCGAUGUCCACCUUCUCAUGUCAGAAACUUUUCGGCGGUUAGUUGUAGUGAGACAGGUCGUCGAACUGUCACUAUGAGAGAUGAGACUCUCAGGCCAUUACAAGCAUCUGCCGUGAACACUCUUGACAACACACAUGAGCGUAAUGCCCAUGGAAAGAUUUCUGUUGCUUCCGUCACCGCUAUCCAAUGGCUUCCCGCCGGUCGUGAACAUCUGCUACUAUCCGCCUCCGAAGCAGAGGCUGUUGUUAAGCUCUGGGAUCUUCGAUACAUCAACCGUCGGCAUCAGGAAAAGAGUAUUCCUCUGUCUUCCACAGCCGUGCCGUCCAAUCACGCCUGGCGCUCAUACGGCAUCACCUCCCUGGCCCUCAGUAGUGACGCCGCUCGUAUGUACGCCGUAUGCAAAGAUAGCACCAUUUACGCCUACUCCAUGGCCCAUCUCAUGCUCGGCCACGCUCCUGAACUCAAAGACCUCGCUACCAAGAGAAGGCCCAUUGCUUCCCAUGGUCUAGGUCCCCUGUAUGGUUUCAAGCACGAUUCUUUCGCCGCGAGAACAUUCUUCGUCAAGUGCAGCAUGCGGCACAAGGGCCUCUCCCACUCAUCUGACCUCCUCGCCGUUGGUAGCUCCGAGUCUUCAGUCGUGCUCUUCCCUACAGAUGAGCGUUAUCUUCGCUCAGCCUGCGACAAGCGUGCUCACCUCCUCGACCCCCCCGGAUCCGCCCCUACGCCCUCGCGGUCUUUCUCAUCCGCCGCCGGCGCUGAACCCAGCUCGUCUACUAUCCCGAUCUUCCGCAACGGCACACCCCUUGUCCACGGUCACACCCGCGAAGUUUCAAAUGUCAGCUGGAGUUACGACGGCAAGCUGGUCAGCGCGUCGGACGAUUCCGUUGUACGCCAGUGGCAAGAAGACGAAGGUCGGGCGCGGUAUUUCAGACAGGUUGGCGACUUUGGUGGAGAGCGAUACUUUGCAGGUUGGGCAGACGUGGGAGACAACUGGGACAUUGACGACGAUGAGUAA